AUGAUAGUUAGUGUUGUUGUCAAAGAAGUGCCUCUAGCGAAAUUAUGGGCUACUCAUAUGGAUCCGUGGAGAUCCAUUGUACCACCAGUCAGCUUAGAUGGUGCUAGACGUCUUGUAUUGGCCCUACUUAUUAAAUUUCAUACCAUCUUUGGUUUCAUAAGUGGAUGGCAUUUUUUGGGGUUGUGUCGUCAACUAGAAUUGUGA